UUUCCAAAAACUAUUAUUAAAAUCAAUAUUGCUCCAGAAGCAAGUGAUCAUGAUAGCUUAGAGUAAGUUCAAAUUGAUGUGCACCUCUUCUCUGCCCGUCCCACCCCUUUGUUUCCCUCUCUUCUGUUGUUUUUUCUGUUGUUUGCUCCUUGUGAAACAAUAUCUGACUCUUUCUGAAGAGCUUCAGCUUCUUCCCAAUGGAUUCCGCUCUAUAUCAGUUUCUCUUUGUUGGGUUGCUUCCUUUUCAACAUAAAUUCUAACCUUUUGUGACUCUGAACCUUCCUGAUUCUAUUUGCAGAAAAAUCAAAACGAUUUUGCAAGUUAACGGGUAGAGGAGGCGAAAACAGAGUACUCUGUUCUUUCCACAGUCUCUUUUCGUUGAUGCUGAAAAAUGGAUUUUGGUUUUAGUAUUUGUUUUUCUCCAUGACCUUUAGACAUGGAGAAAAAGAUGGAUACAUGUUCUCUUAAUGGAGUUCUUGAGGAUUUCUUUAGGAGUGAAGAAUUUGAAACGAGCUAUUCCUCUAAAGCACCAACUACAGACACAAAGCAAAAUUCAAAGCAAGGUUUUCGAUGGCGUGGAUUUGCUCAGUUAUUUAGAAGUAGAUCGAAAAAAUCAUUAGCCAAUUUGCAGUCUCUUGGGUCAUUCAGACUAUCAUUAAGGAGGAGUAGUAGUAUGAGAGAAAAUGUUGCUGUUGCACCAGAUUUUGUUGCCAAAAGCAAUUCAUGGAAAGUUUUCUCUCUUUCUGAGCUUCAAAUUUUCACCAAAAACUUCAGCAGUGAAAAUCUUAUCGGAAAGGGUGGUUAUGCUGAAGUUUAUAAGGGGACUUUGCCAAAUGGGCAGCUUGUUGCAAUUAAGCGGCUAACAAAAGGCACACCCGAUGGGAUUAUCGGUGAUUUCUUGUCUGAGCUUGGGAUUAUGGCCCAUGUUAACCAUCCUAACACUGCUAAGUUAAUUGGCUAUGGAAUUGAAGGUGGAAUGCAUCUUGUCCUUGAGUUGUCUCCAUAUGGAAGCUUAGCUUCUUUUCUUUAUGGUUCAAAAGACAAACUGAAAUGGGGUAUCAGGUUUAAGAUUGCUCUAGGUACUGCUGAAGGUUUAAGAUAUCUUCAUGAGGGUUGUAAGAGGAGAAUCAUCCACAGAGAUAUCAAGGCUGCAAAUAUUUUGCUUACAAAGGACUUUGAGCCUCAGAUUUGUGACUUUGGGCUUGCAAAAUGGCUACCAGAACACUGGACUCAUCACACCGUUUCCAAGUUUGAAGGCACAUUCGGCUACCUCGCUCCUGAGUACUUGAUGCAUGGCAUAGUAGAUGAAAAAACUGAUGUUUUUGCCUUUGGUGUAUUGUUGCUGGAACUGGUCACCGGACGCAGAGCUCUAGAUUACUCUCAGCAGAGCCUUCUCUUGUGGGCAAAACCUUUGUUAAAGAAGAACGACAUUAGAGAGCUAAUCGAUCCUUACCUCGGGGAAGACUACAAUACUCGACAAAUGAACCUUGUCCUCUGGGUUGCUUCUUUGUGCAUACUGACGUCUUCAAUUCGGCGCCCACAAAUGAGUGAGGUUGUACAGGUCCUUAAUGGCAACCCCAAUAGCUUAAAGAGCAUGAGAAAAUGUCGGAUCCCAUUCUUCAGAAAAGCUUUUCAUGAAGAGAUAUUCAACGCAGAAGAUCUAAGCUCAACCAGGAGUUAAAAAGGAUCUGAAUGGAACAAGCAAAGCAGGUUCCUUUGGAUUAUAUCCUAGGGUAAACUACUCUCAGCUACCAUUUCUGCCAAUACCCUUCUGAAAAUCAAGGUUUGUGAUCAACGGGACCUUCAAUUUUGUUGCUGGAAUUUUGAGAAACAGGCUAUGGAAUUGCUCAGUUCAUUCCACCUGCAAAUGAUCUGGAAACAAGUUGCAUGAGAAAAGAGCAAGUUCAUAGGGACAAAAAGAUGGAUGUUGUGUCACGUACAUAAAAGGAAUUUUAGAAGAAGAGAAGAGGCACGAGAAGAACUCCAAGGGACAAAAAUAAAGAAUGCCAGUGUGUCUUUGAAGACAUGUUCAUAAGAGAAUCCUGGGGAACAAAACUAGAGAAUAUCCAUAUUUUAGUCAAUUUUGUAGGAGAGAGAGAUGAGAAAGAGCCGUUGUCCUUUUCUUUUUUUUUUGAAGUUAUGAGAAAGUCCUUUGAAUCCUGAAAAUGAUAGAUUCCUUGCACCAGCUUCAGUUUCCGAUCAUUGGACGGGAUUUAACGAAUCAUUUUAUUCAUCACGUGAGAUUGGUGUAUAAAUAAGGUUUUAUUGAAGAUAAUCUUCCAAACUUAGA